GUGUGUGCUGCUUUCGAGAGGAAAAGCGACUGAGUUCCAUGUUACGUGUGUGUGUGGUGAAAACUGAACGACACGGUGUUUGUCAGAGAGAAGAAAAACCUGGAGAGCGAGUGAGUGAGUGACUGCGAGGAAAAACGAUAGUGCACUUUUUCCAAUGUGUAUCUUUGAUAAAGAAGAAGUAAAACACCCGUGAAAAGGUGUGUUGUGCGAGGAUCUUUCCUACACACAACGACUGUGUUAAAAGAACAGCUUCUGAAAAAUCGUUUUGAUCUAUUAUUUGUAAUUUAACUGUGCUUUAAGUUUCACCCGUUGUGCAAGUCGAGAUACCUGUCGGAUUGUCGCGAUACCAGAAUGUGAAAUCGGGUGGAUUGCAAACGAGAUCUUUUUUCGGGAAAGGUGAAGGCAUAGAAAUAAGAGACACAUUAAGAGAGGAAGAAAAUCCAAGGGUAAAGAACUCCUGUGCCAGAGAGAUUUUGCCAUUGGCUGGUGUUGUAAAGCGACCAGUCGCGAUACGGGAUCAGGAGUAACACCAUUUUCCCAAGAAAGAUGGAUUAACAAUUAGGCGUUGCGAGAAACUCAACAAAAGCGGGCAAGUGAUACCAUGGAUGAAGAAGCCGUCACGAGUCAUCCGCACUUGGCCGGAGUAGCGUGAGUCUCGACCAGCGCCGGCGGAUCCGUGGAGGCAGAGCACCACAACAGCAUCAGCAUCACAUUGCUUCGCAAAACAAAAUGGCGGGUGGUGAGCAUUCGUUUGGAAGAAAGACAUUUCACAAGCCAACCUAUUGCCACCACUGCUCGGAUCUGCUUUGGGGACUAAUCGGACAAGGAUACAUCUGCGAAGUUUGCAACUUCAUAGUUCACGAAAAAUGCGUGACAAAUGUGAUAACACCAUGCCUAGGUGUCGCGCCGUAUCUGAUCCGAAAUCCUGUCGCACACUGCUGGUCCGAGCCAUCGCAUCAUAAACGAAAGUUCUGCUCGGUCUGCCGCAAACGUCUGGAUGAAACCACCGCUGUACAUUGUUUGAUUUGUGAGUAUUUUGCGCACGUUGAGUGUCAGGACUUUGCGAUUCCCGAUUGCAAGGAAAAUGCUACCUAUGUGCCGGGGAAAGAACUGGGUCACGUCAAACACCAGCACCAUUGGCGUGAGGGCAACCUGCCACAAUCAUCGAAAUGUGCGCUGUGCAAAAAAGCGUGCUGGUCCUACGAAUGCCUUACAGGUUAUCGUUGCGAAUGGUGCGGAACAACGACGCACGGUGGCUGCCGGAACAACAUCCCAUCGGAGUGUACCUUCGGUACGCUACAGCCAAUCUACUUGCCACCGCAUGCCGUCUCCAUACCGCGAACUGAAGUGCCAAUGGAAGCAAUCAUCGGAGUGCAGAACAAGAACAAGGGAACGCCCGGAAUGCAGAGGGAUUACUCAUGUCCGGAAUUGUGGACCCUUGGCCACCCGGACUAUGAGGAUCAGACGGAGAGUAACUCGAUCGGGUACAAAUUGCCAGUAUUCACCUUUUUCGACGACGAUUGUGAUGGCAGUGAGUUCAGCAGUCGGCAACGUUUUCCGAGUGAAAACGAUUUGCUAUUUCUGGAUGCGGACUAUGGCUCUUCGUUCGAGGGAAAGCAACAGCUUAGACCUCUGCCCAGUAGAAACCUAAUCCAUCCGGCCAUGCGGAGAGCGAAGCUAGCACCAAAAGACACGGUCAUGCGAAGCAAGUCCUUUCAGGGUCAAAGCAUUCCAAAACGUUUGAAAAUAUUACCUAAACCAAGACUGUUCCUUCGCGUCAAGGAUCGACCGAAGAAGCGUUCCCCACUAUGCAGCAACGAUUCGAUUCGGUCUUUCGCUAACCCAUCCCCGAGGCCGUCGAUAUCGAAAAUUAGUUCAAAUGUGACGUCAGCGUCGACAUCGGCCACGGCUUCCGCUAUGACGAUUCAAACGGACGAUACCGGAGCUGGUGGGUGUGACGAAGAUGGUGGAACUGACUGCUGUUGGCAUGCUGCCACUAAUGGCCAGCAGGAUGGGCUGCUAGUACCAGCAGCAGAAAAGCUAGGUCACCAUGCACUUGCGGUUCCGCAGCGAAACGGAGGAGAACGGAGAGUAUUUUCCUACGAUGACGUCAGCAGUUUUGUAUUCAUCGACGACGAUGUCGGGGAUCCUGUGAUGGAUUACCGGAACGAGGUGGGUGCACCGUUGGCUGCUGAAUCAACCGAGUUGGCUGCAUUUGCAAUUGCUAGGGGUGUAGUUGUUGCAAGUGAGGAUGAUGACAGUAGCGGUGCAGUGCGAGCACCCGUUGAUGCUAGCAGUAGUAGUAGUGGUGGUGGUGUCGGUAGCAAAUCAGGUGCUAGAUUAGAUGACUGCAAGAUGGUACCGGAAGCAUCGGCAGGGGAUGAUAAGGAAAACCGACGAGGUCAUUUGCUUGGCAGAAUUUAUCGUCGGAUGCGAAAGUGUUCAAUGGGAUGGAGCAAAACGGGCUGUAGAGUGCGUAGAGCUCGCAGCAUCUCAGAGGAAAUAAGUGAUAACGCACGCUGCGACGACCUACCGAAAGCGGAGAGCAGUUCUGGCACUCACUCGAAACCCGAUUCUGCGCACAAAGGCGACAAAGAUAAAGAUAAGAAAGAUAAGGAAAAAGAGGAACGUGAUGAAGAAACAAUCAAAGUCUUCGACGGCAACUGUUCAUAUCGACGAAGAAUAUUCAGAGCCAUCACCGUACCUAGAACAUGCUCGCUAGACCAAUUACUGACAACCGCCUUGAGGGCCUUUCAUAUAGCCAGGGACUCGAAUCUCUUUUUUCUUACUGAUUUGUACGGUGAAGAAGUAAGAUUACAGGAUCCGACACCGGUACUUGAUCUGCACCGGGUGGAGGGUAAACGACCCGCAAUCUAUCUGCGAUUUCGUGACCGCGAAAACGAUCAUGGCUUCGUGCGGGUUUACCCCGGAAAGCUGCAGGUGGAGAACGCGUACGUCAAUAUCCCGGUGGACAACGACACAACAGUGAAGGAUCUGAUCGGUGAAUCGUUGAAGAAGUUCGGUCUCCAGGGGCACCAGAUCGAGGACUACCGCUGUUCGGAGAUCCUGCUAGACCGAGGUGUUACGGAGCGGGUACUGUCGUGGAACGAGCGUCCAUGGGAGAUCAUGAAGCAGCUUGGGAAGGAUUCGAUUCGUCAGAUGGAGAUGAUGCGGUUCUAUCUGCAACUGAAGCAGGACCCGCAUGGGCCGAAUCUAGCGCUGUUUGUAGGCAAUCUACCUCCGGGCUUGUCGCAGCGGAACUAUGAACACAUAUUGACUGAAUUCUUAGGUUUCGAGAACAAGUUUAGUAGUAUCGGUCCGAUCUACUACGAGUAUGGAUCGCUAGUGAUAACCUACGAAAACGCAUCCAAAGCUGUUCGUGCAUUCCAAGCCUUGAGGGAAUCGAAGUAUGAGGAAAAACAUCUGCUGGUACUGCUGUUACCGAACAUCGAACAUAGCAUGGUUCCCAGUGGAGUUCAACCGCUGCUAGUGUUCGUCAACGUUAAGUCAGGUGGAUGUCAAGGGCUAGAGCUUAUUAGUAGUUUUCGUAAAUUAUUAAAUCCAUAUCAAGUAUUUGAUUUGGAUAAUGGUGGACCACUGCCUGGACUAUAUGUAUUCAGACACAUUCAGGAUUAUAAAAUUUUAGUUUGUGGAGGCGACGGUACAAUUGGCUGGGUGUUGCAGUGCUUGGACAACGUUGGCCAAGACUCACAAUGUUCUAGUCCACCAUGCGCUAUUGUCCCACUUGGAACUGGAAACGAUCUGGCGCGCGUACUUCGGUGGGGAGCAGGCUACACUGGCGGGGAAGAUCCGCUGAAUCUACUGCGAGACGUGAUUGACGCCGAGGAAAUUCGAUUGGACCGGUGGACUGUGGUGUUUCAUCCCGAGGACAAACCGGAGGAUGCCGCUCCGAAACCACAGGCAAACUCAGCGGGUAAGAAGAAGAAAAUACAACAACAAUCACAACAACAACAACAACAACAGAAUCAACAUCAUCACUCUACGACGACGAUCAGCGCAAGUCAAACAAGUCAAGUUGUUGGCGCUACUCAGAGUGAAGAUAACUCGCAGAUAUUCGUGAUGAACAACUACUUCGGUAUCGGUAUCGACGCUGAUCUGUGCCUGGACUUUCACAAUGCCCGCGAGGAAAACCCGAACAAGUUCAAGUCGCGUCUGCACAACAAGGGCGUAUACGUUACGAUGGGUCUGCGCAAAAUGGUUGGCCGCAAGAUGGUCAAGGAGCUACACAAGGAGCUGCGGCUGGAGGUUGACGGCAAAGUGGUAGAUUUGCCACCAGUCGAAGGGAUUAUUAUUUUAAACAUUUUAAGCUGGGGCUCUGGAGCUAAUCCGUGGGGACCUGAGAAGGAGGAUCAGUUCAGCAAACCCAAUCAUUGGGAUGGUAUGCUGGAGGUCGUCGGUGUGACCGGAGUUGUUCAUCUCGGUCAGAUUCAGUCCGGUCUACGGUCCGCCAUGAGAAUUGCCCAGGGCGGUCACAUCAAAAUUCACCUACAUUCAGACAUACCAGUACAAGUCGAUGGAGAACCGUGGGUGCAGAGCCCCGGGGAUGUAGUGGUAUUGAAGUCCGCUCUAAAGGCGACCAUGCUGAAAAAAAUGAAGGGCAAGAUGAAACGACGUAACACCGAACCGACCAUGCAGGUGAUGGGGCCAUCGGGGAUACAUAUGACACUGGCUGCUCCCCAGGAGCCGGACGAGGUCGACUCGAAUAAUACUGAUUUCUGAAUUUGGUAUAACGAGCGAUUGAUUUAACGUGCUUCGUUGUUUGUCAGUACCACCAGUAACCACCCUAGCAAUAAAAACCCCAAGAAAAAAACAUCCGGAUAUUCUGCAACACACCAAUCCGGUGUUUAUACAGUACUAUAAUCAAAAAAUAAUCUACGUGAUCCACGGCUGCUUUGUUACAAACAACAGUAAAAUGAUAAGCAUUGUCAUCAAAACGGCUCGCAUCCCAUCUCCAAACUUGUACAGAAGCGGCAACAUGCGCUGUACCUGUGGUACGAGUUGAAAGCAAACUCCACUAAGCCUUCUAUUGAUAACAUACAAGCAGACGAAAUACUAUAAUGAAAUAUAAACAAAGGUAAUCCAAAGAACAACAUACAUUCUUCUUAAGCCCACCUUCCCAGAGUAUAUUUGGUAGCAGUGUUUUACCAGAUCAUAGUAGGCCAAUCUUUCAAGUAAGGCACGUUCACACAGAAUCACAAGCAAAUACACGCAUUCGCCAUUUUGAACGAUAAAACGAACACACUCUCACACAUGAACACCCCAAAACGACACUUCUUAUCAAUGUGAAUAGUAUUGAAAAAAAAAAAAAACAAUCCGAGUUUAGUAUUUGCAAACAAAGAAAGAACACACGAACAGUGGGAAACAUAAAACCGCAUACAGUUGAGAACGAGAGUGAAGAACUCUGCUAGCAUUAAUACAAUCACAAACGAGCGUGGAAAUGUGCUAUGCAUAGUCAUUACCAAAACGUCUUCAGAUGGAAACCCUAUGGGAUCAACAGAUUUUUGCCAAAAAAAAUAAACAAAACCCAAAUCCAGAACAUGUCAUCCAGAUCAAGCAAACGCGCAAGGAACGUUAAAUUAAUGGCUCAUAUUAUAGAAUCAAAACGGGAGAAUGAACAAAAGAAAUUGGAACAGUGGCUGGAACAAACCAUCGGAAUAAAUAGAAUACAGGAAAAAAACCUAAUAGUAGCUUGAGGUGUGCGAUAGUAGACACGAAUUUGCAUCUUCAAAAAUAAUUAAACAAAAGUAACAAUAAUGAAAAAUAGAACAUGAAUGUUUAUGCAAAGAAUAUGAAACAUGCGAGCAGUGGGUUUGUCUCUAUCAUGGGUAAAAUGUAGAAAAUGUUAGAAUAACGACAGCUGUUUCAGUUUGAAAUCCAUUCUUUUGUUCACUCUAACGUCCGACCUAACGCAUACGAGUAAACAAACACAAACACAUCUGUAUAGAGAAAUAACAGAAAAAAACGAGGGUAAGUUUUUUUACUUUAAACAGAUUCAUGCAAGGUACCCUAUCAAAGUAGGCAAAAACAAAAAUCUUUCUUGCGAACAAAAAGGUAUUUAUACGGAGAGUUGUUGACUAUAUUUACUAUGAAGAUUUUUUUUUAAUUCUUUUUCUAUACAAAGUGGCGUCCAACUCUAGACGCAGAGGCAGAUUAAGUCAUUCGAAGUAAAAAAAAAAAAAACAAAGCGCAAACACACGUACACACAUACGUGUCAAAUUCGGAUACCAAACAAGCUGAGAAUACGCUUACGCAAUGCAAAACAAAAUGACGAAAACAAGAAAGCUUUGAACAAACUGAAAAAUAUAUUUUGAGAUGUUUUCAAAGUUAAAUUGAUCGAUGAGUAGAAACAAGGACGUAGGAGUACAGUAUAGAUUCUGCUCGGAUCCAGAUGGGUUCGAGCAGAAAGACACUAUAACGAGAAAUAACCAAGAAGAUAUAGUAGCAUUAUUUUAGUUUAAUCAUGUGUACGAGUAAACUCAAGAGCUAGAGAAGUGAGCAACAAAAAGAAAAAUGAGUUAAAAAGUACAGUAAGCACGUGGAGCACACUUGUAGCCGUAAAUUGUAUAUUAUACAAUUACGUUCUGUAUGGUAUUUUACCAAACUACAUAAACAAACAAAAAAAAAACUAUUGAAUAUUUAAAGUAAACCCUCAUACUUAGUCACGAAACAAGGGAAAACACACUUGCCAAAAUCGAACAUAUUAACAAAAUAUCUCACAAUUGAUAACCGAGAAAUCACAGAGAAAUUAACUGUCCAUACAUCGUCACCAAAAACAUUUAGAGAGUAAAGCAAGGGCUACCAAUACACAUUACCCAUAAAAACAUAAUGACAGUUUCCCCCCAACAGUUUACCCGACUUGUCAGUACCAAAAAAGGAAAUGAAAAAAAAGGCUGUGGAAAUUAAAAACUGUAGUAGCAUCGCGCUGUGCUGCGCUGUGCAGCGGUCGGUUCCACAGCCCUCGCGAAUAAUCGGUCUUGGGAAUGUUUAGUUGACGCACGUUAAAUUGGUGCAUGAAGCGGGAUAUUGGACUGUGUGGAGUCACAUCGUUGGUAACGGAUUGUGAUUACCCUGUCCGGUGCGUUCUCUAGAACAUUCUCAGCAUUAUUCUGUUCUGCACAGCACCAAAAAAAAAAAAAACUGAAACGAGAUGUAUGCUUAUACGAAAACACUCACGAAAGGCGGGUCUAUGCGAGCUUUCUAGAGAGCGUUCCUGUUCCUAUUCAAGAUGGGACUGUCACCACCCCCUUUCCCCCGUAUCGGCCCGUCUUUCCACCUAGGUUGAUUAAGAGUUCAUACACGAACCAUUUUUAGUUUCGUGAGUUGAUUAGAAGCCUUAGUUCGAGCAUCGCGUUGCCUCAUGCUGAUCCGGAGUAGUGCGAUAGCAAACGCGACUUGCGACCGAACGUUGAUUCUCGCUAUCCAGAAAUCUGUAGGGGCUCAGUGUUACUAGCUUUUCAAUUCCGGAGGUAGCGUAUUCGUACCGAGCGAUAUUCACGAUCCACCAGAGUUGCCGUUGUGCCGUUCGCUAAGUUGACAUUUUCUGUACCUUCGCGUACGGAACAGCAGAACAUCGUUUGUUUUACUUUUCUACACAUUUGAAACCCAGGCGUAACAUCCACAGUCAGCACCUGGUGGCCGUUUCGCUCACUAAAAAUCUAGUACCACAUACACUUUUUUGGAUAGUGACAACAUCGUUGAUUCUUAGACAUACUCCAGUGUUAUCGGUUGAUUGUUUUAAGGUACGCUAGGUUAGUUCCAAACAAAUCCGUUCCUGUAUACUGGUUUAGUAUAGCAUACGCGCAAAACUAAUUCCCUUGUGCUGUUCAGUUGAUUUUUCAAACCCCACACCGGAGCACACACACUUACUAACAAUGGUAAUAAUAGGGCAAGAACUAUUAUUAUAAUCAUGUGUAAUUAAAAGGGAAAGGUAAAAAGAAAUAAACAAUGACCAUAACAUAUUACCGUAUAUCUUUUAAAAGAAUAAAUUUAAAUGAAAAUCUCAAAAUAGAGUUGAUGUAGUGUCGAAAAGCAUAUAAAUAUAACAGAUAUAACUAAAAGUUUAAUUAAAACCAUAUUUUUUCGUAUGAAUACAAGAAAACAAGAAAAAAUAUCAGACAUCUUCUAAAACGGUGCCGUGAGCCGUUUGAUGCGCUUGAGCAUCGGCAAAAGGACACCUGUUGGAAAACUACGGAGCAUUCGCUUUGGUUAGUUCGUAAUUUUUUGGAAGGUACUCCGCCACUCGGGUAGUCUUUUUUCAAGAAUUAUCGGCUUAGCCUAGCGACCAAGCUUCAGUCGGGAAGCAAACUAAAUUGUGUUGUUUUCUCUUUUACACGUGUGGAUCAUCUCUCUACAGUUCCACACACGAUGUGAACCUCAUUUGACCAGGUUCCAGGAGAAAAAGUCCUAGAAGGUAACGUACAUUAAUAGGGGGCACUAUUCAUUGGAAAGGUAGCGUAAAGACUAAACAAAUGCCAGCUCUUGUUAUUAGACGUCUGCUGGCCAUGACGGACACCCGGAUUCGAAUUGGCAACAUUGCAUGCAUGACAAACAGCAGCCGUAAAGUCUAGUUAGUCAAGGGUGUGGCUAUGACAAUUUCUACGUCUUUUGCAUAGAUCGCGGGAAAAUGGCAUCGAUGCCUGGCGGACGUUAAAACCAGAUGGCCAAGCCGAUGGAAUAAUAUUCUUACGAACAAAAAGGUAGUAAUGAACCAAAUCAAAAUAUAAACGAAAUAUUUAAAAGCAAACCAAGAAACCAAAUCCAAAGAAAAGUUAUCAACACAGCUAGGUGUUGACGUAUAAAGUCCAAAGUAGGCGGAGACAGUGCAGUCAUUCGUAAAAGCUGUGAGAAUAGAAACAGGAGAAGCGAGCUACGUGAGAAAGCGAAAAGUGGAAUAUAGCGGGAGGGAAGCAUACAAAAAAAAUAUAUUCAUUAGUGAAACUAAACCCACAAGAAACUCUCCGCUCGCUAGCGAUAAUGAAAGAGAAACGGUAAAAUUACACACACACACACAUGAAUCGAUUAAAGUAUAAAGAAAUGGAAUACUAUUAACUAUUUAAUAACUAUUAAUAAAAUGAAUUAUAUAAUAUAUAAAUAUAUGUGAUUAUAAAUAGGUUAAACAUAAUUUGUCAAUAGCAAGAACAACAAAAAUAUAUAUAUACAUAUAUGUAUAAUUAAAAAUAUACAAAAAUCA